UAGAGAAACUCUUUAAAGCAAUGGAUCCAGUAUGAGUCCACUGCAGCUGAGGGUCCACCAUCAAUAAAAUGAAUCCAAUAAUUGGUGCAUGCUUGAUAUUUUCCCUCUUGGGAUAUUUCAAUACCAUCAAUGCAGCAUCAAUUCCCGUAGAUGUACAAUCACUUCCUUCCGACGUACGAGUAAUUACUUCCGAUAUAGAGUCAGUUUCUUUCGAUGCAAAGCCUGUUCCCUCUGUUGAAUCAUCAAUCCCAUCGUUUGGCAGAAUUGUAGGAGGUUCGCAGGUUGAUAUUAAUGAUUAUCCUUAUCAGAUUGCUUUGCUGUACUCCUCGUCCCAAGUUUGCGGUGGAUCAAUCAUAAGCCAUUCGUGGAUUCUUACAGCUGCACAUUGUAUUACAUCGAGUACCGUUUCGCGAUUCUCCAUCCGCGCAGGAUCGAACUUUCGAUACUCUGGUGGCGUUACAAGAACAGCUGGUAACAUCUACGUCCAUGCAAGGUAUAGUGCGAGCACCGCAGACUUUGACAUCUCACUCAUUUCGUUACAAUCCGCUUUGACGUUUGGAGCCACUAUUGAAGCUGUUGAAUUGCCAGCAUCAAACAUUAAUAUUCCAGCUGGUACCAAUGCCAUAACGACUGGAUGGGGAGAUACCGUGGAAGAUGGAUAUGGAAGUUCCCGACUUCGAGGUGUUACCGUACCAGUUGUUUCCGCGUCUGAAUGCCGAAGCAGCUAUGGAACUAGUAGUAUAACCGCAAACAUGAUCUGCGCAGGUUUCGCUGAGGGAGGCCGUGACGCUUGCCAGGGUGAUUCAGGUGGACCUUUGGUAGCAAGUGGUUACGGCCAAAUUGGUAUUGUUUCGUGGGGAGUUGGAUGCGCCCGUCCUAAUUUCUACGGAGUUUAUUCUAGCGUUCCUGCUCUUCGAGGAUGGAUCAACUCAGUAAAUGGAUUAUAAAUACCUUUUGUGAAUUUAUGUACAUAUAAAUAAAAUAUAUAUAGAUUGCAAGGAAA